GAUAUUACCCCCAUCCCAUAUGGCGCAAAUUCAUCCGAUCCAAGUGGUAGAUAUUCUGGUAUUUAAUGCCUCCAACGGGUGGUGAUGGGCUAUUAGCCGCUUUACCAGGAGAAAAGAGGAGAUCCCAAUUCAGACAUCUGAGGGGAAAAAAAAAUCAGACCACUGAGAGUUUUAUUAUCUAUCAAACGGGGUUUUGAAGCACUAGUGUAGCUGUAGCAUCUCUCAUGGCUCUGGAUAUGGGUUUCUCUGUUUCUCCUCCCACUUUGGUUUUUCUGGAUGCUUCUGCAAAUGGGUUUUCUUCCAGAACGAGAUUAGGUGGCAAACUGCCUCUACCGUCUUCAUUAGUCCACAAAUUUCCUAGAGUUACUUCUCAGAAUUCGUAUCCAGUGGUACCUUCUCCCACUCUGACAAAAGGCACUAUAAGCAUCAUAUCAAGAAAGGUGUUCUCUACAAACCCAAGGAGCAGUGGAUCAUCAACUGAUGGCAAAGAGGAUGACAUUAAAGCUUCUGAUGACAACAAGGUACCAUUUGGAUACACAAGGAAGGAUGUUUUAUUGAUUGGGUUUGGAGUUACUGUGUUUGGUAUUGCCUUGAAAAGUGGCUUGGAGUUUUUUGGAUUUGAUCCUUUACAAGCUGGGAAUGUAGUUCAACUGGUGAUGGUCUUGGGGUUAACAGUUGGAUGGAUUUCUACAUAUAUCUUUAGAGUCUCAAACAAGGAAAUGACGUAUGCCCAGCAGCUACGUGAUUAUGAAAACAAAGUCAUGGAGAAGCGGUUAGAGGGACUAACUGAAGCAGAGCUUGAAGCAUUACUUGAGCAAGUAGAGGAAGAAAAGCGACGACUUGCUAGUGGCGAGCAGGUUAAUUAAAGCCGCUUGAACUGUUGUCGAAUCAAACUUUUUACCCCAUAAAAGAUUACAAGUAUGUGAAGAGAGGAGAGCUGAGGUUUUGUACAGAAUGGUGUUACCUUGUUAGAACAAGAUCCCAGAGUGGCUUCACUUUUAAUACAGCCGCAAAAAUGCCAGGAAAUGGUUCUUCAUUUUUCAAUUUUCUUUUAGUUUUUGCCAAGGCAUACAGAUUACAGUAAUUCAGCAGAUCUGCCAGAUCAUGCAGAAAGUGGGUGCAGCAAUGUCAAGGUCAAGGAGUCUGAGACCACCUGUAGAGUUGCAAAAGCUUUGCAUAUGUAGAAGUUGCCACCAUAUGCAUCAAUUGGACUCUCCUCGCCUGCCUCCAAAAAUUGUUUUUAACUCGUAUUACUGGUAAUAAGUGGGAGAUGCAUCUUUGCUUCAAAUCUUUAAUCAAACAAUGCAGAAAUUGAGAGGAAUUCGAGUAAA